CUUCUUCUUUUCAUCGCAGCAUGUACAUUACCCUGGUCUCUAUACAGCUCGCAAAAAGCGGCAUGCCGAUGGCUCUAGAGCUGACGUAGGCGAGACGUAUGAUGCGCUUCCAGUGCCGCGGUUUCCAUGAACGGUCAAUACUCCCUCGGACAGUCUGUACCCUCGACGAUUUAAACCAGGCAUCCUCGCGGGGAGGGCACCCCAGUCCUACAGCUAACAGGCCACACGAGUCAAUACGGAUUCGGCAUGCCAGGUUCCUCCGACGAGAUCUAUCCCGUUGCUAUUAUCGGUGGCGGGCCUGUCGGCCUCUGCUCCUCCAUCCUCCUCUCCCUCAGAGGCAUCCCGCACGUCCUCUUCGAGCGACGACCCUCCACCUCCAUCCACCCGAAAGCAUGCGGUAUCAACCAGCGCACAACGGAGAUAUUCCGCAAACUAGGCAUCGAGGAAGACGUAUACGCCGUCGCUGGGCCGCCCGAAGUGACCAGCCGCACUGCCUGGUACACGAGUCUGGGCCCCGAGGGUAAGGAGAUUGCGUCGCGCUAUGCAUGGGGUGCGGGUCCCUACGCAGAGGAGUUCUCGAAGCACAGCCCUAGCAAGUACGCGACUUUGCCGCAGAUCAGGCUCGAGCCGAUCUUGAAGCAGAGGGCGCAGGAGCUGAACUCCGAGGCUCUGAAGUACCGCGCCGAGGUCACUGACGUCCGUGAACAGGAGGGCGACGACUAUGCCGUCCUGAAAGUUCGCUUUAAUGGCCAGGAACCCGAACAGGACGUCCGUGCACGCUUCGUGAUCUGCGCAGAUGGUGGGCGUAGCUUCACGGACAAGCUCGGCGUGCGCUGGCUCGGGGAGAGUGACAUCCACAACAUGGUCACCGCCCACUUCCGUUCUCCUCUCUCCAAAUAUCAUCCAGAUCCCCGCAAUUUCAUCACCUGGUUCACCCGCCCCGACCUCGGAGGCGGCGUGAGGACGGGCUUCCUCUACCAGAUCGGCCCUUGGCCCGCCCAGCCGGAGACGGAGGAGUGGGUCUUGGUCUGUAUGCCAGGUGCUAUGAACCCGGAACGUAUCGACUCGGAAGCCAUGGCGAACCGAGUCCGCGAAACUCUGCAGCUUCCCGACUUACCCAUCGACAUGCUCAGCCUCAGCCCCUGGAACGUCAACGCCAUCUACGCAGAGCGGUACCGCCCCACGAAGCGUGUCUUCUUAGCCGGCGACGCUGCGCAUCGCAUCCCGCCAUGGGGCGCGCUCGGCAUGAACACGGGGGUGCAGGACGUCACGAACCUGAUCUGGAAGCUCGCCCUCGCUUUGCAGGAUGAGGCGAAGUACGACGCGCUUCUCGACAUCUACGACACCGAGCGCAAGCCCAUCGGCGAGCGUGUCGGGCGUACCAGCCUGUACAACCUGCGGAGCCACAGCCUCGUCAUGGAUGCCGCUCUGGGCAUGAGCGCAGACAACUCGCCCGAGCAGAACUGGGCCGCACUGAAGCCCUACUUCGACCCGACACACCCGGGUACGCAAACGCUCGACUCAGAGUUCAAGGCGCCUGGCGCAGAGGUGGGCUGGUUCUACCCGUCCGCGGACUUCGAUGGCGAAGGCGCGAGGAGCAGGCAUGAUGGACAGCUCACCGAGGCCGGGGAGUUGGCGACGGAGUUUUACUACCCGUCGACUAUCCCCGGGCACAACGUCCCGCACGCAUGGCUCCAAAAUCAUGGAGUAGCUCAGGGCCGGAGGGUCGCAGUGUUCGACCUCAUACCGCUGCGUCAGAUGCUGCUGCUGGCGAGACAGCGUGACGUCGGGUGGGAGCAGCUGGAGGGCGACUUGGUGCACGUGGAGGUCGUCGGAGAGGGCGGAGACUGGGUGGACGCGGACGGAGAGUGGGCGCGUCAGUGCGGCGUCAGCGAACGAGGCGCUGUCGUCGUGCGCCCAGAUGGCAUCGUCGCUUGGCGAGGACGAACCACUUACCGGAAGCUCUCGGAGUUUUCACUUUCGGAAUCCUGA